CACACACACACACACACACACACACACACACAUAUAGAAAGAGUAGAAAUGAGGGUCCCUGUAUUUGAGGAUGUAAAAGAUGAAACUCAAGAAGAAAAAACAGGAGAAGAAGAAAAUGAAGAAGACAAGGUGUUCUUUAAGCCUGUUAUUGAAGACCUGAGCAUGGAAUUGGCCAGAAAAUGCACUGAACUCAUUAGUGAUAUCCAUUAUAAAGAAGAGUAUAAAAAGUCUAAAGACAAGUGUACAUUUGUGACUGACACGCCUAUGCUAAAACAUGUAAAACGUAUUGGCGCUUUUAUUUCUGAGGCAAAAUACAAAGGCACCAUUAAGGCGGACCUUUCCAAUUCUCUUUAUAAGCAGAUGCCAGCCACAAUUGACAGUGUCUUUGCAAGAGAAGUUACACAGCUACAGAGUGAGAUUGCUUACAAGCAGAAGCACGAUGCUGCCAAAGGAUUCUCAGAUUAUGCCCACAUGAAGGAACCGCCUGAGAUCAAACAUGCCAUGGAGGUGAAUAAGCACCAGAGUCACAUUUUUUAUAGGAAAGAUGUGCAGGACACCCACGUGUAUAGUGCGGAGCUUGACAGACCAGACAUCAAGAUGGCGACACAGAUCUCCAAGAUCAUAAGCAAUGCUGAAUACAAGAAAGGGCAAGGAGUAAUGAAUAAAGAGCCCGCUGUAAUUGGAAGACCAGAUUUUGAACAUGCUGUGGAAGCUUCUAAACUUUCUAGUCAAGUUAAAUACAAAGAAAAAUUUGAUAAUGAAAUGAAGGAUAAGAAACAUCAUUACAAUCCUCUUGAAAGUGCUUCUUUUAGGCAAAGUCAGCUGGCCACUGCCCUGGCGAGUAAUGUGAAGUACAAGAAAGACAUUCAAAAUAUGCAUGAUCCAGUUUCGGAUCUCCCAAACUUGUUUUUAAACCACGCUUUGAAAACCAGCAAAAUGCUCAGCGGACGAGAGUAUAGAAAGCUUUUUGAGGAAAACAAAGGCAUGUAUCAUUUUGACACGGACGCUGUGGAACACCUGCACCAUAAAGGCAAUGCCAUGCUCCAGAGUCAGGUUAAGUACAAAGAAGAGUAUGAGAAAAAUAAGGGGAAAUCGAUGCUUGAAUUUGUUGAGACACCGUCAUAUCAAGCUUCAAAGGAGGCUCAGAAGAUGCAGAGUGAGAAAGUUUACAGAGAGGAUUUUGAGAAGGAGAUUAAAGGAAGGUCAUCGAUGGAUUUAGACAAGACUCCAGAGUUUUUACAUGUAAAGUACAUCACCAGCCUUCUGAAGGAGAAGGAAUAUAAAAAAGAUUUGGAAAAUGAAAUAAAAGGGAAAGGAAUGGAACUUAAUUCAGAAGUACUUGAUAUUCAGAGAGCAAAACGUGCAUCUGAAAUGGCUAGUGAGAAAGAAUACAAGAAAGAUCUGGAAUCAAAAAUUAAAGGGAAGGGAAUGCAAGUUGGCACUGACACCCUUGGAAUUCAGCAUGCCAAAAGAGCUUCUGAGAUAGCUAGUGAGAAAGAUUAUAAAAGAGAUCUGGAGACUGAAAUUAGAGGGAAAGGCAUGCAGGUGAGCACAGGUACCCUCGAUAUCCAGAGAGCUAAGAAAGCAUCUGAAAUGGCCAGCCAGAAAGAAUAUAAGAAAGACUUAGAAAAUGAAAUUAAAGGGAAAGGAAUGCAAGUGAGCAUGGAUAUCCCGGAUAUGCUUCGAGCCAAGAGGGCAUCUGAAAUCUAUAGCCAGAAAAAGUAUAAAGAUGAGGCAGAGAAGAUGCUUUCUAGCUAUUCUACUGUGGCAGAUACUCCUGAAAUCCAGAGAAUUAAGACAACUCAACAAAACAUUAGUGCGGUACUUUAUAAGAAAGAAGUAGGAGCUGGCACAGCAGUAAAAGAUACUCCAGAGAUUGAACGAGUGAAGAAAAAUCAGCAGAAUAUUAGUUCAGUAAAAUACAAGGAAGAGAUGAACCAUGGAACAGCCAUUUCUGAUCCACCAGAGCUCAAGAGAGUUAAAGAAAACCAGAAGAACAUCAGCAAUCUCCGGUACAAAGAGCAAUGUUACACAGCAACUCCAGUGAGCACGACGCCAGAGAUAGAGAGAGUGAGGAAAAACCAGGAGCAGCUGAGCACGGUAAAAUACAGAGGAGAGAUUAAACAGGCAACGGCAAUUUCUGAUCCACCAGAGCUGAAGAGGGUUAAAGAAAACCAGAAGAACCUCAGCAAUGUUUAUUAUAAAGGUCAGCCUGGAAGAGCUACGGCUUUAAGUAUAACUCCUGAAAUGGAAAGAGUAAAGAAGAAUCAAGAAAAUAUUAGUUCGGUAAAAUAUACCCAGGACCAGAGACAGAUGAAAGGUAGACCAAGUCUGAUUUUAGAUACACCUGGUCUCAGACAUGUCAAAGAAGCUCAAAAUCAUAUUUCAAUGGUGAAAUAUCAUGAAGAUUUUGAGAAGACAAAGGGAAGGGGCUUUACUCCUGUUGUGGAUGACCCCGUGACAGAGCGAGUGAGGAAGAACACCCAGGUCGUCAGCGAUGCUGCCUAUAAAGGUGUCCAUCCUCACAUCGUGGAGAUGGACAGGAGACCUGGAAUCAUCGUUGACCUCAAAGUUUGGCGCACAGAUCCUGGCUCCAUCUUCGACAUUGAUCCCCUGGAAGACAAUAUUCAGUCUAGAAGUCUACAUAUGCUCUCUGAAAAGGCGAAUCAUUAUAGGAGACAACGGUCUCGAUCUCAUUCGAGCAGUACUUUUGGUACAGGUCUGGGAGAUGACAAAUCAGAAAUAUCCGAGAUUUACCCUAGCUUUUCGUGCUGCAGUGAGGUAACAAGACCGUCUGAUGAAGGAGCACCUGUUCUUCCUGGAGCCUACCAGCAAAGCCAUUCUCAAGGGUAUGGGUACAUGCAUCAGACCAGCUUGUCAUCCAUGAGGUCAAUGCAGCAUUCACCAAAUCUAAGGACCUACCGAGCCAUGUACGAUUACAGUGCCCAGGAUGAAGAUGAAGUCUCCUUCAGGGAUGGCGACUACAUCGUCAACGUGCAGCCCAUCGACGACGGCUGGAUGUACGGCACGGUGCAGAGAACUGGGAAAACCGGGAUGCUUCCGGCGAAUUACAUUGAGUUUGUUAAUUAAUCAUUUUUCCUUGCCCUUUGAGCUUUGUUCUAAUGUACACUAAACGUAAUCUUUUUAAAAGGUAGAAGAUACUUUUAAGACAACUUGGCAGUUAUUUUACAGUAAUCUAUCCUUCCUUUGACAAUUAGACACGCAGGUACCAGGAAGAAGGAAUGACUUCUGGGCUGAAAACAGCAGCAUUUUCGGUAAUUCGUAUAAACAAAAUAAUUAGGUCUGGAGACCUGGUGCUGCUAAUUGUGUUAAUGUUUUCCUUUGAUUGGCUAUCGUGAACCCUUCUGGGGAAAUGUAUUUUUGUAGACUUUAAUAGAGACGUUUAAUAGAGACGUUUGUCCCUUAAAUGUCACAAGUAUAUGAAAUUUCUUAGCUGUCCCUUUGGAAUCACCAGAAGCCAGUCCUCGUAAUUCAGCAACACAGCCGAUAAUUUAAAAACCAUUUAGCUUUUGAGUCACGACACAAUUUCCAAUUCAAGUGAAAAUUGCCUAAAUAUAUUAAAUGUAAGCAGUGGCAGAAUGACAGUUUGGUUAAAAUUAUAUUGACUGGUGGCCUUAGGGAUCUAGAAACUUCUACCGAACAAAGAAAUUUCCUUGUUCCCUGGGCCAACUUGGGUCUGUUUAUUUCUCAUUUGUACCGAGGUGUAUCCUACUCUCCAUUUACAUUCUAUGGACCUAAGUAUAUGCUUGGCUGCCUAGAAUGUCAGGACCAAAUUACUUCACAGCUACUCUACAAAGGGCAAAUUUUAAGGUCAUCUAUAUUAUUUCCCUGAUACUAAUAGCCUUUACCCUGUUGCAUGUCAUGUAGGUUCAAGCUUCUGUAACAUAGGCAGCUGCACUGCCUGUUCCUGUUAUUAAAACAAAAAGUGUGGCCGAUAUCUAAAAGCCCUUUCCUCUAGUUGCCAGCUCAUCAGAAAAACAUAACUUGAAAAGUUGCUUGAGAUUCUCUUGCCGCACUGCACUCUAGUUUUGAAGGAUUUACACCUUAGGAAAUAGAUGUAUACUCUAGCAAAUAAGUGAUUUAGGUGUUUAUUGAACAGCUUUCAUUAACUUAAUGCCGCUAUUGAUUUAAAAGCAAAGAAAACUUCAUAAAAGCCAGUUACAAAGUCGGAAUACGAAGUGUGCUGGGGGAAGCCAGCGAACAAAAGAUUACCAGCUCCGCACACAGAGACAGGUGAUCUGGUUUCUUAUUUGGGAAAAUGGUAUUCAGAUUCUGGAAUGGGAAUCUAGCCACUAAAACCGCUUAAUGAAAAGACUUCCUUUCCACUUUCUGGUUUUUAUUUUGUAAAUCACAUCCAGGGGUGAGAUUGGGAUGUCACCAGAGAUUUGAGGUACAGGCCCAACAGGUUGUUCAUUUAAAAAGAGAUCGUUGUCACAUUUUCAUUUCCAAAUGAGUGACAUUGCAGGCUCUGGCUGGAUUCACAGCCGUGACCGUCAUGUCGUGAAGUUUAACCUGGAGUCCACAGUCAAGAUCACUGGAGAGACUAAGGUCCAUCAGCAACUCUGUGUUUUUCUGACCAUGCCCUUAGUGAGACUUGCAACAAGGUAGCAGUCAUGUAGGGCCUGACUCUGUAGCUGUAAUGAAACUGAAAAAGUAAAGUUACAAAAAUGUAAUCAAAUGUAUGGGCCUUGGGGCUUUCUGCCUUAAUAAUAUAUUCAAAGAAAUUAACAAAAUAUGCUGUAAAACAUCUUUUACUGAAAUGUUUAUUGGUCCAAAGGCAAAUGUUAAUUCAUUUACACCUUUGAAAAGUAAGCACAUCGUUUUGAGAAUCUGUAGUCUUAUUUUCAUCGGGCUAAAAGAGUAAUUAAAUAAGGUUUAUUACAUUCAAGCUGCAUCUACAUGACACCGAUGUAAAAUUGAAAAGGGAAAAAUUCAGGCAAAUAACUAGAGACUUUUUGAGGGGGUUUUACAUAUUACCACAUAGCCAGCUUAGCUGAUUUUCUGUCAUUGAAAUGACCAGUUGUGAUUCAUCUGAUUAAACCCCAUAUCGAUCUUGGUGUCUUAUACAAAAACCUGCAAAGACAAGCGGAACUUGCAAUAUUCUUGCAAAAAUUUCUGUGCAUUAAAACUGAGGGCAAUAAGCUUGCUUAUUAAUUUUAUUAUACCAUUAAGUAAAUAUUUAAGAUUCACCCAGACAGACUACUUUUUUGUGAUUAUAAAAGAGUAGUUGUUGAUUAAAUUUGUAGAGGAAAUGUAAGACGGGUACAAUUUUUGAUAAAUAGCACAUUUAUAGGAAGCUCAAAGGAAACCGAUUUGAAAUGAUGAUUAUAAUCGGGGAAGUAACCAUAAAGUAACAGCUUGAUGUUUCAUUGUUUUUCUCAUCCACUGAUUUCAAAAUCAGAUUCACUGAAUGUAAACGUCAAUACUUAUUUGGGGAAUAAUUCUCCUAAAAUUUUAAGCCUCACAUAAUGUUUGCAUAGUAAAAUGUUUCUCCUUUUCAGCCUUCAGGAAUUAAGAUCGGAUCAGAAUUUAACUAGAGAGCAGUUAUUUUACAAUAAAGACUGAGGGAGAACCAGUUGCACAUGUUGCUGAUGCUAUGAUUUGAUAGUGUUGUCACCAUUACUAAAGCCUGUCAGGAUAUUAAGCAUCUCAGCAGAAAUAUAGGAAACAAUAGAUGUAUAAAACCAAAGCGCUAUUUUUACAGCAUCAUUUUCAAAACUGUAUUCUCGGACAACUUCUCCCCUUUCCACACUCCCCCUCUCGCCGUCGAUUUGGCAGCGGGCAGAUGCUACAUAUAAUGCUGACAGCUCAAGAAUGGUUUCAAAAACAGUCCUUUUAAAAAUCAAGUUAAAGAAGACUGUGUAUGUGCCCAAGCACAGAGAGCAGGCACCUGAUUUUCUAAACGUGUUCUCAAUCCUGAUAAAAGCACACGGGCAGUUCGAUACGCUUUUCAAAGUUCCGAAAACACAACUGUACGUGGAUCAUCUCUCUCUUGAGAAGAGCAUGGCAACAGAAUAUAUUGCUUUUGGUGUAAGUUUUUGUAGUAGGCGUUUUUACUAAUUCUCGUUCUCUGGGAGAGCUUUCUAUUUCUAACCUGUGGCAAGACAAAGUCUUCAUUGUCUUCUUGUUAUUGUUUACACAUCCGCAGUGUAGCCCACUUUGAAAUAUUUAUCUGGUUGUCAGAUCUCCGCGCUGUCCCCGCAUCUUCUCAGGCCUCCCCCACCUCAGACACCACACAGGAAUUUGCAAGCACAGUUCCCAGGAGCACCCUGUAUGAAUAUGGAUGCGAUCAGACCAGCCCCUCUCUUGCCACCAGGUUCAUUGCAUGAGGAUGACGAAGAUACCUUUUCGCCAGUCUCGCCACAGUCUUUCAUUCCUUAUCCUCCGUGUUGAGCUAGACAACACUCUGGGAUUUGGGAAGCAGACUUUUCUAAACACACAGUGGAAGCUCAAGGUGCACCUCUUUUUCAGGUUUGUCCAUCUCCAGUAGAAUGUUAUUAAUGAAAAGAUAAAGAAAAGAUAAAGAAAAUCCUUUAAUAACACCUCCCUAUAUAAAGUGGAUAUAUUAAUAGUUUAUACCAAAAUUAUAAUACAGAGAUAUAAAAAAUAUAUAGGUGCCUUUAUGAUUACCCUUGUUUAUUCACUAUGGUCUUGAAAAGAAAACCAAGCAAGCAAGCUUCUGCCUAUUCUAUAGUAAUAUUUUAUUAUAUGAUUGGUAUUUUUUAUGGUGGGGAAGUGAGAUGCUCCUGACAGAUACGAAAGGUGAUAGAUGAUUGUAUUUUACCUCUAGAGGUUUAGAAAAUACUGACUUCUUCCGUCUAUUUCUGAAAGGUUCUUUGUGGAUUUAUAUAUAGUUGAGAUGCAUAAACAUUAACUUUAGGUUUGAGAUUUAAAAUACCUAUUGUAAGAUAGAAGAGUUAUGUUAUGAGGCUGAAUUCAUUACAUAAGAUGAAAUUCACUUCAUAAAUUCAUUAUACCUUAGCUGUUUGCUUCUGAUAAUCUGAAAGUGGCUAGAGUACGGUUGUUUGGGGUAACUCGACAUGGAGGUGAGAAAGCUUGGGUUAAUAAGAAGCUGUGUAAACCAAGUUAAGAAUGCUAAAAUGAAGGUCUCUUUCUGAAGUAUUCCGUGCCCAUUAGGGUUCUUUCCAGGCACUGCCAACCAGUGCUGAUCCAAAAAAGUCAAGACGCUGUACGAUGCUUCUGUGGCCAUCAUUCCCUGUUCCGCAAGCCUGGAAGGAUCCCUAAGGCACACCUCCUCCCCAGUUGUCCGUGUUACUUCAGUAUCUUCGUGGGAAUUCCAUAGGCUUUUUGUGUUUGAUAUGUGGUAUUCAAUUUGCAUAGUAUAUACUUCUUUGUAAUCCAGUUGCUGUUAAGAAUGAUUUAUUUUAAAGGAAAAGAGAAAACUGCAUCAGAGUUCCCUUCCUCGGUGUUCGCGCAACGAACUGCUGAGCAUUUAGAAGCAGCACCGAGCGUGUUACAGGAGGGGUGUGGGACCGUUGGUCUUUGACCUGUGAUUAAAACCCCAAAUUGAAUCAUUGUGCAGAUUGGCUUCUCUUUGCCUCAAAAUAUGUAGAAUUGUGGUUGAUGAUUAAUUUGCAAGAUUGUACUAACUUUGAGAGCAUACAGUUUUACAGGAAACGCUUCAUGUUUUUAAAAUGAAGGGGCUUACAGAACAAUACAAUGUUAUUAAUAUAAUCUGGCUUUUGUUAUGCAAAUUGUUAACACCAGCUAUUAAAAUAUAUUUUAGUAGAAAUGCUUUAAUUCAUGUUUUUUUCCUCUACACUGUGAAUCUUUAAGCCUUGGUGGACUAGAGCAACAUCGUGCUGCCCAAAGGACUAACCUAUGCAAACUAGUUCACAUUUUAGUGGAUGUCACAGGAAUUGUGUAACAAGACGUUAUUUCCCCCUGCAUAAUGUACAGCGGCAUUGAAAUAACACAUUAAGCCUAGCAUCAUGUAUGUAUAGAUAGUUACUCACAAACCCCUCACGGCUACCAUAAUCGUUAGUAUUACCAUUCGUUUAAGAGCAGAUCGCUGAUUUAUCUGUUAAAACGACGUCAACGAUGUCAGAACAAGAAUGACAGAUGGAUGCAUCGGCCUUGGCUUCCAAGUGGUCCCUGCAAGUGUUCUCCUGUGAUAGAAACGCGUUCUCAGAUGCGCUCUCUCCAGGGUAUUAUUAUUCUGUGUCUUCUUUCUGUAUUUGUAAAACAUGAUAACGCUUUAAUUUCCUAUCUCUACACAUUCGGUUUGCUUAAAUAAAUGCAGGAUAUAACAAAAUGGU